AUGUUAAUGAAAACUGAAAGCUAUAAUUUAUCUGUUAUUGCCUUGCUGCAGCUGACCCUUGGUGACCGUUCCGACUGUGAAAAGUACUUUGAGAUCAAGGGUUACGGCAUUACUUACAUAUCAGACGAGGAAAUCCUUCUUUUGCUAUAUUGUUUCGUAAUGAUAAAAUGCGUAGCACACCAUAACAACGUAUCUAUUUUCCGGUCUUUAAAGAAGAAUGGAAAAGAACUGAAUUACAAACGUCUAACAUAUCAGGAAAAAAAAAUUGUUGUUAGAGUUGCCUUUUGGAGUACUCCAAAGCGGAUCCAGAAUAAGAAAUAA